AUGGCUCCUCAUGCUUUGUCUUGGGUUAGUGUGUCUAUGAUUAUCUUCAUGGUGUCAUCGUCGUGUGUCGCGGCGAGGAGCGCACGGGCACCCAAAAUCUCCGACCCGACGAGCGGGUUUACGGCUGUGAGCCUUGACCAGAGCAACUUUGAGCUACAGAGACCGUACGACGAGGCAAGCGAUGCACGAUACAGCUUCGACGGCACUGUGCGCAAGCUGUGGGUGCUCUAUUCCGACAAGCCACACGCCCGCCAGAGCCACACCAUGCCAAGAACAGAGAUCAAGAUGUCUGGGUACGAUUAUAGCUCGGGCGUGUGGCAGUUCGAGGGCUAUGGGUAUGUCCCCUCCGGCACAUCAGGUGUGUGCAUCAUGCAGGUGUUUGGAGCUAGUGAGGCGGCCAGCACGCUCAUGUUACACGUCUACGACGGUGCUCUGCGUUACUACAACAGGCAGCUCGUCGAGGACAACAUCUACAACCGGUGGUUUAAAUUGAAUGUGGUUCAUGACGUCGAAGCGUCCAAGCUCACUGUGUAUAUCGAUGGUGAGGAGAAGCUGCAUGUCAAUGGCCGUGGUAGCAACACACACUACUUCAAGUUCGGCGUGUAUGCGCAGCGCCACGACUCUAACCGCAUGGAGUCUCACUGGAAGGACGUGAGGAUUCUCAAGAAACACUAG